AUGAACAGUUCAAUGUUACCGCGGGCUUUCGGGCGCAUGGCCCGUGGCGGACAAGUCGCAGCUAGCAUCCGCUCCAUACAACACGCAAAAGGGUUCCACAAGUCGGUCAGAAUACCUGCGAUUACCGCAUCGUAUAGCCGCCAUCGACCGACGAUUUCAGGGAAGCAGCAGCAAGUCGCAUCCACCACUUCGCACAACCUGCCUUCGUCACGAAGCAUCUUUAUACAAACGCAAACAACUCCCAACGCGGACGCGCUGAAGUUCCUCCCCAACCAAGAGGUUCUCCCCGAGAACUUCCCCUCCACAUUCGUCGAGUAUACUUCUCCGCGGUCAACAUUGUCACCGCCACAUCCAUCGCCGCUUGCCUCUCGAUUACUAGCAGUGGAUGGCGUUUCGUCAGUCUUCUACGGGGCAGACUUUAUCACCGUGACCAAAGCUGGGGAUGUAAAUUGGGCACAUAUCAAGCCGGAGAUUUUCAGUCUGAUUACCGAGGCCGUGACCGCCGGCGAGGCCAUGGUCACAAUUAGCGAUAAGAGUGGUUCUGACGACGGUCAAUCCAGUGAAGAGGAUUCAUUGGCUGUGAACGACGACGACGAUGAGGUGGUUGCCAUGAUCAAAGAGCUCCUUGAGACAAGAAUUCGCCCCGCCAUUCAAGAAGACGGAGGUGAUAUCGACUUCCGUGGCUUCGAGAAUGGUAUGGUCAAUCUCAAGCUGCGUGGAGCGUGCCGAACAUGUGAUUCCUCGACUGUUACUCUUAAGAAUGGUAUUGAGUCCAUGUUGAUGCAUUAUAUCGAAGAGGUCAAAGGGGUGAAUCAGGUCCUCGACGAAGAGGAGGAGAUUGCCAUGAAGGAGUUCGCUCGCUUCGAGGAAAAAUUGCGUCAGCAGAAAGGCCCUGACGCAGUCGCCUCAACGGUUGGCAAAGGUUCCUUGGACUUUGCCGGGUAG